AUGCGGUUGAGGACUCUGCCUCGUCUGGAGCUGCCGGCUGCGGCCGACAUGCAUGUCCACCUCCGUCAGGAUGCCAUGAUGCAGUUAGUUACACCCUACAUUCGAAAGGGAGGGGUUGAUACUGUCUUUGUGAUGCCAAACCUUCAGCCGCCCGUUACAACGGUAGCCCAGGCAGUAGAGUACAGGAACAAACUCCAAGAGAUCGAGCCAGAUGUCCACUACCUCAUGUCCUUGUACCUGCAUGACUCCAUUACUCCGGACGUGAUCAAGGAGGCCGCGGCUGCCGGUAUCACUGGCGUCAAGGUCUACCCGCAAGGAGUGACUACCAAUUCGGCUGCGGGCGUCACUAGUCUGGAAGACUUCUAUCCCGUGUUCGAGGCCAUGCAGGAACAUGACAUGGUACUCAAUUUGCACGGUGAAGUGCCGGACGUUGAUGUGAUGAAUGCAGAAGAGGCCUUUCUGCCAACCUUGAAAGGCAUCAACGAGAGAUUCCCAAAGCUAAGAAUAGUACUUGAGCACUGUACCACUUCUGCCGCCGUCGAGACCGUUCGUUCCUGCGGGCCAACGGUUGCCGCUACCAUCACUGCCCAUCAUCUGUACCUCACAGUAGAUGACACCGUUGAUCCCUUGGCUUUCUGCAAGCCGAUUGCCAAGACUCCCGCAGACCGAGAUGCCCUCAUCAGGGCCAUCUGCAGCGGUGAUUCAAAGUUCUUCCUAGAUCAGCCAAGGACCAACCAAAGCCAGCAGCUGGUGUUUUCACCCAGCCGUAACGCAACACAGUACGUCCUCCUUGCCCUGGAGGACGCCACCGAGCGUGGUAUCAUACAGGAGUCUGCCGUCACCCAGGAGCGACUAGAAGGGUUCCUUAGCCGGUCCGGCAGACGGUUCUACAAGCUGCCCGAGCCAGAGGCAGGAAAGAUCAUUCUCGAGAGAAAAGGAGAGACCAUAGAAAAGUCAAUCAAGAAUGAAGAUGGUAGUGUGGAAGUUGCCUUGUCAAGAGGCGGAGCCGAGAUCUUCUCCCUGCGAUGGGCUUAA